AUGAACGCCGCCGGUCUGCCGCGGUUCUUCUUUCUGGCCGUUCUGGCCGCCUUGGCCGCCCAAGCGGUGCCCCGGGAAGCGGGGAGCUCCCCUCCGGGCUCCCGCCCGCCGCAGCGGGAUGCGCCGAGUUUCUCCCGGCAGCAGAGGAAAAGCCUGGCCAUGGAUUUCAUCGUGCCUUCUCUGUUCCGGACCUACCUGCGGGAGCUGGUGCUGGGCGGCGGGGAAGCCUUGGGCGGGUUCAAGGCGCGCUGCAGCCUGGUGCUCGCCUGCCAGCCGCUGCUGCGCGCGGUCAGCUCUUGGCUCCCCAGGAGCGGGUCGGCGGCGCCUGCUGGCCGCGCCAGAGCCCCGUCCAAGGUGCUGAAAGGCGGCUCGGUGAGGAAGCUGCGCCGCGCCAAGCAGCUGGUGCUGGAAGUGGGAGAAGCCAACCUGCGGGAGGACUGCGCGUGGCAUCCUGCCGGGGAAGGAGCCCAGGCAGAGGCACGCCAGAUCGAGUUCACCCUGACCGAGGAAUUCAGCUGGUGGAUCCGCUCUGGAGAAGGCAGGCUGAGGAUCCGGCUGAUGCCCGAGAGGAAGGCGUCCUUCCAGGGCAGAGAAGGCAGUUUAUCAGCGGCGAUCAGAGCCUCCCAGCCCCGUCUGUUCUUGCAGAUGGCCACCAGAGGUGAGCAGCUGCUUAGCGACUUCUGCAUCCGGACAAGAUGCAGGGCUUCUCCCUUACUAGCGGGAUGGGGGGGUCAAAUCUGUCCCUGGAGAAAGUUUGGGAACUCUACCAGGAAUGAAAUAGGGGGGGGGGGGGGCAGAGGUGUCUUUGCCUUCCCAGAGUCCACCCCUUCGGGCUAG